UUAUAAACGAACGAAGACCCCAGACAUUGACAAUGACCUCUGCCUCUGGUCGUCCGUUGCUUCGAGACAUGGUGGAUAGAGGGCGCUUAGUCAGCCUGCGCUACCUGUUUCAUUCUCCACGUGGCUUUGGCAUGGGCGGUACCGCAAAGAGUCGAAGUGCACUCAGCCAUUGCUCAGCUCAGCUUUCCUCUGUACCACCAUGGACUCCUUUGAAAACUUCCAGUACGACUCUGCGUCGUCUUAUGGCGGCGGAAUAGGCAUUGUAGACGAUACUUCCUCGGUUUAUACUGCGAAUACCACCAACCAAAGUUCUGUAACCGUGGACUUGGUGAGCCUGUCGAUCGCCGAUGACCGCUCAGUAAUCGCCUCUUCCAACGGUGCCUCCGAGCACGGACAUCAUCACGGAACGUCCACGAACGGGAUAGAUGAUGACUUUGACGCGGUUCUUGAUGACUUGAAGGAUGAAGGACAAGUUGAUCUACCGCCUCAUGCAUGCAGUUACUGCGGUAUUCAUUCCCCUGCAUCCGUAGUCAAGUGUCUCAUUUGCUCCAAAUGGUUCUGCAAUUCCCGUGGCAACACCUCCGCCUCGCACAUCGUCAAUCAUCUCGUGCGAGCCAAGCAUAAGGAGGUCAUCUUGCACGCAGAGAGUCCUCUAGGGGAAACUGUCCCUGAGUGCUACAACUGCGGUAGCAAGAACGUCUUUAUGCUCGGCUUCAUUCCUGCCAAGAGUGACACUGUAGUCGUGCUUCUCUGUCGUCAACCUUGUGCGGCAAUUUCCAAGGAUAUCUCUUGGAACGCCUCCUUGUGGGCACCCCUCAUCGACGACCGUUCGUUCUUAUCGUGGCUUGUAAAGCCGCCUAGCGAGACAGAACAACUCAGAUCCCGUCAAAUAUCGUUCCAGCAAAUUAAUCGGCUUGAAGAUUUAUGGCGCGAUAAUGCAAAUGCCACACUCGAAGAUCUGGAGAAGCCCGGUGUUGACGAUGAACCUCAGCCCGUCAUACUGCGUUAUGAGGAUGCAUAUCAGUAUCAGAAUAUUUUUGGCCCGCUCGUCAAGAUAGAAGCCGACUACGAUAAGCGGCUGAAGGAGUCUCAAACUCAAACUGACAUUUCGGUGCGAUGGGAUUUGGGUCUUAACCAGAAGCGUGUCGCAUGGUUUUGUCUUCCAAAGUUGGAGAGCGGCGAAGUUCGGCUGGCGGUCGGUGAUGAGCUUCGGCUGAAAUAUACGGGCUCGUUGCAUAAACCCUGGGAGGGUGACGGUCAUGUUAUUAAGAUCCCUAAUAACAUUUCUGAUGAGAUUGGCCUGGAGCUACGAAGAUCCGAGGGCGUGCCUAUCGACGUAACGCACAACUUCACCGCUGACUUCGUCUGGAAAUCUACAAGCUUUGAUCGAAUGCAGCUCGCCAUGAAAACAUUCGCUGUUGACGAGAAGAGCGUUAGCGGAUACAUCUAUCACAAGUUGCUCGGUCAUGAGCUCGAACCCCAGAUUCUCCGCACACAGAUGCCGAAGCGUUUCUCUGCGCCGGGCCUUCCAGAACUGAAUCACUCGCAGAUGUAUGCUGUCAAAAGCGUCUUGCAGAAGCCUAUCAGUCUGAUUCAGGGCCCUCCUGGCACUGGCAAGACUGUUACCUCCGCUUCUAUCGUCUAUCAUUUGGCGAAGAUGAAUCCUGGCCAAGUCCUCGUGUGCGCCCCCUCCAACGUUGCUGUGGAUCAGCUGACGGAGAAGAUUCAUGCUACUGGUCUUAAGGUUGUCCGCCUUACUGCCAAAUCACGCGAGGCACUUGACUCUUCCAUUUCUUUCUUGACUCUUCAUCAACAAGUCGCAAAUAAUACGACUCAUGUUGAGCUGCAGAAGCUCAUCCAGCUCAAGAAUGAGCAGGGAGAACUGAGCUCCAACGACGAGAGGAAGUACAAGGCUCUUAUUCGACAAUGCGAGAAAGAGAUUCUCAGCGCUGCUGAUGUCAUAUGCUGUACUUGCGUUGGCGCUGGGGACCCGCGGCUGAGCAAGUUAAAGUUUAGAACGGUUCUUAUAGACGAAGCCACUCAGGCAGCGGAGCCUGAAUGUAUGAUUCCCCUUGUGCUCGGCUGCAAACAAGUCGUGCUCGUCGGAGAUCAUCAGCAAUUGGGCCCUGUGAUCAUGAACAAGAAAGCUGCGCGCGCGGGUCUCACGCAGUCCUUGUUCGAGCGGUUGGUUGUCCUUGGAAAUCGCCCCAUUCGUCUUCAAGUCCAGUACCGAAUGCAUCCUUGCUUGUCGGAGUUCCCUUCCAACAUGUUCUACGAAGGUACCUUGCAGAACGGUGUUACCGCUCCGGAGCGGUUACGAAAGAAUGUCGACUUCCCAUGGCCCGUUCCUGAUACACCCAUGUUCUUCUAUCAGAACUUGGGGCAGGAAGAGAUUUCGUCGAGCGGAACGUCUUUCCUGAACAGAACUGAGGCGUCUAACGUUGAAAAGAUUGUAACCAAGUUCUUCAAAUCUGGUGUUGUUCCUACCCAAAUUGGUGUCGUUACACCUUACGAGGGGCAACGCUCCUACAUCGUCAAUUAUAUGCAAUUUAAUGGGUCUCUCAAGAAAGAUUUGUACAAGGAAAUCGAGGUCGCGAGCGUCGACGCCUUCCAGGGACGGGAGAAGGACUAUAUCAUUCUCAGCUGCGUCAGGAGCAACGAGCAUCAAGGAAUUGGAUUCCUGAACGAUCCGAGACGUCUGAACGUCGCCCUGACCCGUGCGAAAUAUGGAGUCGUUAUAUUGGGCAAUCCCAAGGUCUUGAGCAAGCACCCCUUGUGGCACUACCUGCUGACUCACUACAAGGAGAAGAACACCUUGGUGGAAGGUCCGCUGAACAACUUACAACCGAGCAUGAUACAGUUUAGCAAGCCUCGCCGAACUUUGGUGAAGGCUAUGGACCAAUUCCGUCGACAUGAAACCAUCGCGCGCGACUAUCUAGGCAAUGGAAUGAUGAAUGAUAGUCGACGGUCUGGGACUCCUAGCCGCUUUGAUGCAAGCUUCUAUCGCACCCACGAUGCAUUGGGUUAUAUUCCAUCCGAUAUGCAGUCCCUCCGGUCACAAGCCACCUAUUCAUCCGGUCUGCCCAUGUUCGCCGCUAACAGUCCCUUCGGCCCUGGUAUCCCUCGGUCUAAUGGAGCAAAACGUAGCACAUAUGGCAGCUAUGCCAGCUCAAUCAUCUCACAAGAUGUUGGCCCUGGCGGCACGGACACCGCAAGCGUUACUGGUAGUGCCAUUGGCAUGUCCGAUCGGGCGAGCUCGUUGGCUUACUCGCAGUCUGAUCGCCUCAGACGUCGUGCCUCCUUCUCUUCUCUGGCAGGCGCAUCGGACUUGGGCAGCAUCUCGCAGUACGAUUACAAGAGCCAAGACGAUAGCACCGACGUUGAUGACAUGAAGUCUCAGUACACGGGUACACAAUCCGGGAUUACGACGUUCUAGUUGAACGGACUGUAAAUGGGCCUGUGAUUUCCCCCACCUCAGUCUUGGUUAUGGCGCGAUUUCUCCCUGCGACACGCCAAUGACAGCUUGGAAGGGGUGUUCCUCCAUUUCGCCCAUCAUCGUCUCCGUAAUUGGAACUCUCCUGACUGUCCAGCAUGCAUGAUUUUCAGAUGGGCGCUCCGAUCCCCCUUGCCGAGAUGUUGGACGCUGUCUGCGUUCAGUACCUUGCAGCAUCCUGCAUAGGACGUGUCGCAGACGAGUCGCCAAGGCUUGUAUGUCCGCUAUUCGAGUGCUUUGACACACACGUGCGCUUGUUCCGAACGCCCCUUCUUGCCUCCCGCCUUUCCUCCACCACCCAAUGGAAGAGGGAAGAUGCCGAUAACGAUCAUUAUGAUUACUUUCCCUGAACAGUUAUGUAGUUUCAGUGUGCAUGGAAUAGAUUGUUAGAUUUUAUGCCUUAUUUUGUAAUC